ACUUGUGUUCUCACAAUUUUCUCACUUCUGUACUCACAACCAGUUUGCUCUUUCUUUCCAUCAUCAAGCAUAACAUCUUUGAAGUAAUCUUGAAUCAUCAAUAAUGACUUCUUUGAAACUCUCCAAAGAGGUGAAGCUGAAAGGAGGAGAAGAAGAGUAUACCAAUGAUGGAACUGUUGAUUUCUGUGGAAUGCCUGCUAAUAGAGCAAAUACUGGGAAAUGGCCAGCUGCAAUUAUGCUUCUCUUGAAUCAAGGUUUAGCUACUCUUGCAUUUUUCGGUGUCGGGGUGAAUUUGGUGUUGUUCCUGACAAGAGUGCUGCAUCAAAACAAUGCUGAAGCAGCUAAUAAUGUGAGCAUAUGGACUGGCACUGUCUACAUCUUCUCUCUUUUUGGUGCUUUUCUUAGUGACUCUUACUGGGGAAGAUUCAAAACUUGUAUCAUUUUCCAGGGCGUCUAUGUAACUGGAUUAGUACUAUUAUCACUGGUGACACAACUUUACUUGAUCAAACCGAAAGGUUGUGGAGAUCGAACAACUCUAUGUGGAGAGCAUUCAACCAUGGAGAUUAAACUAUUCUACAUCUCCGUGUACAUGAUUGCUCUAGGAUACGGAGGCUAUCAACCUAACAUCAUUUCCUUUGGAGCUGAUCAGUUCGAUGAACAUGAUCUUAGGGAGAAACCAUCCAAACCAGCCUUCUUCAGCUACUUCUACCUGGCCCUGAACCUUGGUUCGUUUUUUUCUAACACGGUUUUGGACUACUUUGAGGAUGACGGUAUGUGGGCUCUUGGUUUCUGGGCAUCUGCUGCGUCUGCCUUUGCUGGAUUGGUGCUUUUUCUUGGAGGCACUGCCAGGUAUAGGCACUUCAGGUCUAGUGGCAACCCUAUAACCAGGUUUUCUCAGGUUAUAGUAGCUGCAUCGAAGAAGUGGAGAGUAGAGAUGCCAGAGAACGAAGACGCAUUAUAUGAAGGUGAUGAUGAGAGCUCCAAAACUGCUGGUAGAAAAAUGCUUCAUACUCACGGUUUCAAAUUCUUGGAUAAAGCGGCCCUGAUCACAUCCAAAGAACUUGACAAUGAGAAGCAGAGCAAUCGCAACCCAUGGCGCCUCUGCCCAAUCUCACAAGUUGAAGAGGUUAAGUGCAUUUUGAGGCUGUUACCAAUUUGGCUAUGUACUAUACUUUACUCGGUUGAGUUUACUCAGAUGGCAUCAAUGUUCGUUGUUCAAGGCGAUGCCAUGAAGACGACAAUCGGGAACUUUAGGAUACCUGCUGCCAGUAUGUCAGGUUUUGACAUCAUGAGUGUAGCAAUUUUCGUAUUCCUCUACCGCCAAUUUUUUGAUCCUUUAGUAAAAAAGUUUAAGAAGAUCAAGGGCGAGGCUCAAGGGAUAACUCAACUUCAACGGAUGGGUAUCGGACUUUCCAUAGCUGGGAUGGCAAUGCUUUCAGCAGCUAUUGUGGAGUGCUACAGGCUCGAGUAUGCUAGAAAAGACUGCACUCAGUGCGAAGGCUCAAGUUCUCUGAGCAUCUUCUGGCAGGUUCCUCAAUACUCUCUGAUAGGAGCUUCGGAAGUGUUCAUGUACGUAGGGCAGCUAGAGUUUUUCGGCCAACAAACACCGGAUGGUCUCAAAAGCUUCGGAAGUGCACUGUGUAUGGCAUCGAUAUCAUUAGGAAACUACGUGAGCAGCUUACUUGUGAGCAUAGUGAUGAAAAUUUCAACAUCUGAAAACGUAUCUGGAUGGAUUCCAGCAAAUCUCAAUGAUGGUCACCUAGACAGGUUUUACUUUCUCUUAGCUAGCUUGACAGUCUUAGAUUUAGUUGCUUAUAUAGCAUGUGCUAGGCGGUACAAGGGUAUGAAGCAUGGUGAAAUGAUUAAAGUCAGUGAAGAAGAUAAAUGUGAUCAAGUCUAAUGUAUCCUACAGUUUUGUCAUACGUCUAAGGCAUAUUUGCCCGAAAAAAUAAAUAAGAGGAAGAUCUAUAUCUCCGCAGUUUUUGUACAGAUUUACUUGUUAAUACAAGUUCUACCUCAAUCAAUUCCAAGGACUCGAAACUCUCCAGAGAGCUGGACUGGUUUUACUGUGAGUGUCUUUAUUGGUUCUGUCAUAUUACAGAAAAAUGAUUUGGGUUUCGGAGUACCAUUGUUGUAUAAUACUGUUCAAUCCACAAUUCCAUAGACGUCUACUGAGAUAUCAGUAUGCUAGUCAAGAGUCGGUAUCUAUAGCCUAUAGGCGCACAACUUCAGUUGUUAUGCCUAUCUGUAUUAUUGACCACAUUCUUCAGUUGUUAUGCCUAUCUGUAUUACUGACCACAUUCAUAUAAGACCGAGAAAUUUUGUGGCCAAAGAAGUGCAGAGAGACUUUGCAUGCUUGAAGGCGUAUAUAGCAGUGAAAUGGGAUCAGAUGGAGUGCGUGCUGGAUGGGUACGCAUAAGUCACUUUUGUGUCACUUUCAAAAUUUAAUCAAGACAACUCUGCAUAUUUGAUCGAUUAAUUCGCCCUUUGAACCGGAGCUAGAGGUGCUUGAGGAGUAGGAGGGGCCGCUGGUGCUUCUACAGCGGAGCAGGAAAGUGUCUGCGGUGUUCUACUGUUUAUGCAAUUUUCCGUAAAUCUUCAAUUGUCUCAUGUCAGUGAUCAUAUUUGACUGAUUUGAUUUGACGCAAAUUCAAACCAAAGGCUAUUUAUAUUAUACAGAAGUGUUAUCUCAUUUCACAUGUACC